UCCCACUUUUCUUCAUCUUAUCCUUCCUUGUGUAACUCCAUUGAUUUUAGUUUGUUUAGACCAUUUUGUGAUCUUUCUUCAGGCUCUCUCAUCUUUUAUCAUCAUUUGUAUCUUCACCUUCAUCAUCCUCAUCACCGUCAACAUCAACAUUAUCAUCAUCGUUUCUUCUUCUUCUCCCUGAAAAUGGUCACAAUUUUCAUCAUUUUCAUAGGUAAUCCUUAACUCGAUGAGCGACCCACUGAUAGACCCAAAGAGACACAAGAAAAAAGCAGCAACAUAAUGAUAAUUUUAAUGGUUCAAUUGAAUUACGUGCAAUAAUAGAAACUUUAUUUUUGCUAUUCUCGAUAUUCGCGAUCAAACCUUGAUCAUUAUCACGUCAAUUGUUGAUCAUUAAUUCCUCUUCACCUCAAAAUUCAAUUUUUUGACAAUCACUUUAAUUGUUUCUUUGCUUUCUUUUCCCUGAAUACUUUUCAAUCAACUUCCUUAUGUUUACCAAUGUUAACACCAAUUGUUCAACAUCACCUUUACGAAAUACACUUCCUCGAGUAACAAUCAAAGAUAAUCCAAUAUGUUCAGAGGAACCUCAUUUAACUGGUUCACACUUUAAUCAAUCAACUGAACAAAUUAUAACCUCAUACCAUCAUCCUUCUCAAUCCUCUCAUCUUGAUGCAAUCCAUAGACAGACUGGAUUAACAGCAGCUAAUCAAGGAUCAUCUUGUUUAAUUUACACUCCAGACUCAUCUAAUCAGGUUAAUCAACAAAGUGUAACCGGAUUAAAUGAGAAUCAACCUUUCAAUGAUUUGGUUCAUUUUUCAACGGCAACAUUAACAAAGUCUCAUAACUGGAAACGGUUAACUGUUUACAUUGUUUUAAUUGUGAUUCUGCUUUUAGUGAUACUUAAUGGAACAACAACGAUUUGGAUAAUGGCACAAAUUAGCUUCUCAACUAAUGGAAUGGGAAGUUUAUCAAUAGAUUCUCAAAGUAUUCAACUUAAUGGUCAAGCCUAUUUCCUUGAAGAAGUUUUUUCACCUGAAAUUUCAUCCCCUAAGGGUAAACGGAUUCGAAUCCAUUCUAAAUCUAGAACUGAAUUAGGAUUGAAGAAUGGCCAAGGAAACGUUGUUAACAAAUUACAUUUAACUAGAUCAAGUGUUGUCGCUGUUACGGACCAAUUAACAAUCAAAAAUCAUUUGGGAAAAACACUCCUUUCAUUAGAUGACUCUGAACUUAAAUUAAGUCCAACCAGACUUAAGAUCACAGGCUCCAAACCGGUUGAGCUACAGGGUUCAAUUCAAACUGCUUCCGUUAAGUGUUCACAAUCAUCAUUCCCUGAUCUCUCCAUAAGUUCAUUAACCAGAGGAAUAUUAAUUAGAGGAAUAUCUCAUGUCAAUAUGGAUGCAAAUAUGGGUUUAACAACAAUUGAAAGCCUUAAAGAUCUUAAAUUUAUAUCAACAUCCAGAAAGAUUAAUUUAAAUGCAACUUGGAUUGUUAUGGACAAUUUGAAGACUGUUAUUGCGAGUCGAUCUGGACGAAGUUAUCCCAACAUAUUAUCCCUUUGUGCUUGUCCAAAUGGUAAUCUAUUUCUAUCAUCAAGUAAUAAUCAAUGUAAUGCUCAUGACACUAUCUGUGGUAAUCAUUAUUCAUUUAAUGAUCAAUCUAUUAAUAACAACUUGGUUACAUCAAAGGAUCAAUCUUGAUACCUGUCAUCAACUUAGCUUGAAAUUUAACUCAACACUUUGCUUUUGUUUUGUUCAUAAUUUUUACAUUGAAAACUUUAUAAACUCAAUGCUGAUUGAUGUAAAAUUGUGUAUAUUAAAUUGGUUUACAAAGCAUAAAAAUUAACAAUUA